CGUAAGUUAUGUUAACUUAAAAAUUAUAUGUUAUUAAACGAAUUUUUUAAAGGAUCUUGGAGACGAUCCAUACAUAACGUUAUGUAGACUAAUUUAUCCAUUCUAUGAAGACUUCUCACAUACGAAUACUAAUGCGUUCUUUAGCACAGCGAUACAGGCGUGGGAUUUAGUCAGUUUUGGUUUGAGUUAGAAUAAAUUAAAUUGAUUACUAUGAUAUCAUGGAUUUAUCUAUUCCAAUAAUCGAUAUAUCUUGUAUCACAAAAACUUCUAAGCAAGUGCAGGACACAUUGGAUAAAAGCAUCACUUCGAUAGCUAAAAGUCUUCUAGAAGCAUUUAAAAAGUAUGGAUUUGUGUAUAUCAAGGGUCACAACAUUCCUCAACAAUUAAUCAAAAGUAUCAAUGGUCAUUCAAGAGAUUUUUUUAACCUUCCCGAGGUAGACAAGCACUCUCACCUUUAUAAACACACCAAAUUAAACUUCUGCUAUAUACCUAGCAAAUGUGAAGUUUUUGACACUUCAUCAGAAAUUGAUUUAAAAGAAGUUUUCGAUUUUAUCCCUACAGAUGAUUCGAAAUUGAGGAGCACAUUACCAAAAUUAUUUUAUGAAAAGCUGGAAGAGACUUUUAUUUUGUGUAAAAACCUCUCAAUUCAGUUGUUUGAUUUGCUGAACUUGGCUUUUAUUUCAAAAGAGCGGUCAUCUCUUCUUAAGAACUACCAUAGCAACAUAGGUGACAUUGACAAAAACUUGUCUACUCUAAGAUGUCUCAGUUACCCAUCAUUGUCUGAAGAUGUGAAGAAAGGCGCUGGUCAGUAUCGGUGCAGCGAGCAUUCUGAUUACGGAUCUUUGACCUUGCUUUUUCAAGAUGACACAGGAGGAUUACAGGUCGAAACGGAGAAUAGUUGUUUCAUUGACGUUCCACCAAUCAAAGACACUAUUGUAGUAAAUGCUGCUGAUCUUCUUGAACGUUGGACAGAUGGCGAAGUAAAAAGUGCCAGACAUCGUGUUAUAUUUGUAGAUAAUAACAAACAAAGGCAAUGUAUUGCAUUUUUUUGUCAACCAAACAAUAAUGUAACUGUUGAACCAUUAACUGGUUGUUCAUCAAAGUAUAUGCCUGUGAACACCUUGGAAUAUUUGAAUAGCAAGUUUAACAUUACAUACCGAGAAUAAGCAUAUAUGUAUGUAUAUGCCAAUGUUAAAUGCAUGCCAUAAUAGUUCUACCUGUAUGUUAAGAAAGAGUUAAUAUCACAAUCAACAUCUCUUCUUUGCAUUGCAUACGUAGUAUUGACAUUGCAUUAUCGAAGUUUCAUUCAAAACUAGGGCGCCAGUCACAUACGUUUUAUCUUUUAACCUUGUUAUUCUUCUUUCUUUAAUUAUCUUUGUUUCGUAUUUGUUUUAUAACAACUAUAUAUACAUUCAUGCUAUCCACCAUCUUUUGAGAAUUUUAAUAUUCUAACGGGUGAGUCUAAUAAUUUUAAAGUCACGCUGAAGGAGAGUCUGUCCAUUGAGCGAGAUUGAUCAUUUCUUAAUAAGUCAGUUAUUUCUAUUCCUCUAGAGCUAUUUUGACACAAUUUUUGAUACGAGUCCUUAAUUUAAUUAUUACUUUUUAUUUUAUUUUAUAAAGCGAUAAAUUUUUAUAACGCAAUGUGUGUGGUCAUGCUCGCAUUAAGUGGGCGAAUGUUAACAUAACAUUGUCGAAUAAAUAAUAGUCGUUUUUUUUUCUUUUUUUCUCCAAGAUACUUAUGUUGUAACAUUGAUAUAUACACAUUGUUAUGUUGCGUUA